GGCGACGCCCUCCUGUGCGAAAGCGAACUAGCGCCGCUAGCGCGCGAUGGCCGGAUGGCUCGGUCAUGUCGUGCGAACGUUGGUCGUACGCAGAGCAGAUAAGUUCUCCCGAAAAUUCUACUGCACGUAGCCCGUCCUAGCUUGUCCUGUAUCAAAACUCAGCGAAAUGAGGAACCCUCUCUGAGCGCCACGCGCGACCGUCCCUCUGGGUAAAAAAAUGCACGGAAAUCGACGUUUUCGCCUGCAUGCGCCCGCGUACUACGGUCCUACGGCCCCACCUUCCGAAGCCAACUGACAAUACUCAAGUAUGUGGCGCCUGUGCGAAUCGAUGCUGGCGGGCGGACGGUGCGACACGCAAAGUAGCGAUCUGCUGACCGAGAGAGCAUCAUUGUUUUCGGUACCCAUGGCAGCGAUUGUAGGAAUCAAACACUAGCUUGACAAGGCGCAAAUGGCGACCCGCGAGUGGAAACUCCGGCAAACGGUCGAGUCGCACGCUGGCGACGUGACGGGCUGCGACUUUUCGGGCACCACUUUGGCCACCUGCUCGAAUGACAAGACGGUGCGACUGUGGCUCUACGAGGCGGGCUCCUUCGCAGAGUCGUCCGCGUCUCCUCUGGUCGGUCACAAGUACGGCGUGAACGCGGUGCAGUUCUCGCCGCUGGGUACGGCACUCGCGUCGUGCUCUAUCGAUGGGAGCGUGUUCAUAUGGAACGUUCAGAGCGGCGAGGUGCUGGGCCAGCUGCAGCAUCCGAGUGAGGCGGCACUACGCUGCUGCAGCUUUUCGCCCUCGGGUGCAUUGCUGGCCACCGGAGGAGACGACGAGACGCUGGUGUUGUGGGACGUGGCCACACGCUCGCUGGUACGAUCUCUCGGUGGCCACGGGGCUCUGGUCACCGCAUGCAGCUUCUCCCCCGACGGUGCGCUGCUGGCUUCCGCAUCGUCGGCCGGAGAUCUACGUCUCUGGGAUGCGCGCUACGGUCACGGCAGCUGCCUGCUGACACGAUCCGAGGCUCACGACCUGGGCGCCACCGGCUGCCACUUCAGCCCCCAGUUCGAGGCCAGUCUUGCGCAGGGCACGCUCGAGAGCAGCUACCUGCUCGCGUCCUGCGGCAACGAUGACCUCGUGCGCGUGUGGCAGGUGCGCAUGGCGCACCGCUGUAGCCUCUGGUCCCAGUGGGUGUUCGAGGGCCACUCGGGAAACGUUAUGUGCUGCCGCUUUGCACCUGGCGGUCAAAUGCUAGCUUCCAGUGCCGGUGACAAGACCACCAUACUGUGGGAUGUGGGCACUGGAGAGCAGCUGCAGCGGCUGACCAAGCAUACUCGCUACGUGCCCUGCUGUGCCUUUUCAAGCGACGGCGAAUUCCUGGCCACGGGCUCCAACGAUCGUACCGUGGUUAUUUGGACUCAAGUUGAGAGCACCACGCAGGAGGAAGGGCAGGGAGAGAAACCGAAGCCCCUGCCACCGCAGCAGCAGCCACCGCCGCCCAAGGAGGGCGUCGGGGUGGCCGCGGUGGGCCGCUGGUCGGUGAACCAAGUGGGCGAAUGGCUGGAGGGCCUGGGCCUUGGACAGCACCGGGCCACCUUUGAGGAGCACGCCAUCGAUGGCCAGGAGCUGCUGCACCUGACCCAUGAGGGGCUGAGCAAUGCCCUGCAUGUGGACGCCCUGGGCACACGUGCCCGCCUGCUGCGCGAGGUGCAGGCCUUGAAGCACCCCCUGUGGCGGCACUUGCCUCCUGCUGGGGAGGACGACGCUGCCCUGCCCGAGGAGCUCUUCUGCCCCAUCACCCAGGAGCCCAUGCGCGAUCCCGUUGUGGCUGCAGAUGGUUACAGUUACGAGCGGACGGCCAUCAUCCGCUGGCUGGAGAGUGGGAAGGACACCAGUCCCAUGACGAAUGAGCCCCUGGAGCACACCAUGGUGCUGCCGAACCGCACCCUGCAAUUGCUCAUCCAGAAGUACCUGCGCUAGAGGCAUGCCUGAGUGGCGUCCACAGGCAUCGCCUGCAUGCGCCUGGGUAACCUUGCACUGGGUGUGUGCUUCACUUGACGUGGUAGGUAACAGGGAAGCACUGUGGAACUCUGCUCUGUGAUGCGAGGUUAAGCACAGGAUCUGGAGAUCUUAGCUGCACAGUUCAGCGUACUCACUCUCACUAAUUUCACAUUUGUGGGCAUGAGUGAUUGAUGCUGAUGGACUUGGGUGUGAGUGUGAAUGAUAGUUAGGAUGAGUGUAUACAUGAGUGCAAGGGAAUGUGAGCAUGAAUGUGAACAUUAAUUUGAGCAUGAAUGUGAGUGCCAAUAAGGGUUAGCAGAAGUACAUGUGCAAAUGUGAGUGUCAAUCAGCAUGAGGGGGCGCAAGCAGGAGUGCAAUCUUGUGGCAAUGAGCUUGAGUCGUUGCACUAUCCAGAAAAAAAAAGGACAGCUUUGAUGAGUAAGUGUCCACUUAUUCUGCUGACUCAUGACUACGGGUCAUGCGCCCGGCUGCCCGGCUGUAUGAUCUCCAAGUCUUGUGUUCAGUUUCACAUCAGAGCUCAGUGUUCCGCUGUGUCUCGGCAUGAAAUGUAUCUACUGCAACACAUAACGGGGAAGUGCAUUUAUGCCAUAUAGCGUUUGAAUUUCAUCGCUUCGCUGCUCCUGUUUCCCACCAAUGUCUAGUAUACCAACAUCAGAGUGCUGUUGCUAUGUGGCCCAGAUCUUUAGUUGUGAUAUGUACAACUUUCCUCGUAGGACCAAAUACCCAUAGCUUUGUUCAAAGAAGAUAGGCCUACACAGCACUGUAAGAGAAUGCAGGCAUUAGAACAAUAGGAUCGCUGUGCGACAGCAUUUACGCCACCAUUCCUGCGUGAAAUUGCACCACCUUCUUGUGAAGCCACCCCCCUCUCCCUCACUUGUUCGCUCCUUGCACCGAUUUCGAGAGCUGAACGCAAUUGUUAUUCCAGCAGUGGUAAUUAUGAGACCUCUGCAAACUCUGCAAUAGAUUGCAGUUUUGGCAGCUGACACCGGGGACGAAGGGAAGCUUCAAACUAGGAAUGAGUCAUAAGAUACUUAAUGUAAGCCUAAUUAAACCACACCUGGUGGAACAAGGGAGUCAUUACGCAUAAAACUGAAAUGGUUCGACUAAUGCUGCAAUGAACAGAAGAACUUUAAAAAACACUGAAGUGGUAUAAAUGGCCUUUGAUGGAUCGAGGAAUCACGUUUCUAAAAUACCAGAAACAUCAGUAUUACUGCAGAUUGAGGCUUGGUUAGCCAGAAAAGGUACGAAAACGAAGGAAGGGCUAGACGUUUUUGUGCUAGCUCUUCAUGAUGUAAAAAAGUUUGGGGAGUGUGUUUAGGUCUAAUUAAUAAUUUAUCAAUGAACUAGGAUAACAUGGUGUUCUCAGCAACCAGAAGCUCAACCUAGAAGUAUUGCUAACUUUUUCUAAACUGCAACUGCCCAAAAACUGUACUUUGAAAUCCACGACAUUCUGCCUUAGUGGUGCUGCUGCAUUUGGGAAUGUGAGUGCCGAGGUGGAAAGGUUGCCACUAACAUUCCGUGCUAAUGGCUUACCUUUUUACAGGAUAAAUGCAAAUUACGUGUUGAAAAACACCUCACAAGAUUACACUACAUUUGUGCCACUCUUUACUGUCAUUUUGAACAAAGAAUCGUGUGCCUCAUUUCAUGUUCAAAGUGAUACAUGGCUGUGAAGCUCACAGACAAGCGUUUAUUUCGUCAUGGCUUAGCAAAAGUAUCAAUGUGAUAUAAUUGUUCCUUCUUGCCUUCCAGUUUCUUUCACCAUUCAGACAAAAUCCUGCUGUAAACCACUUCAUCAUUACUAGGUUCUCUGCUUUGGGGUUAUGACUAGGCUUGUAUGAAUGGUACAUUUUAGGUUCGAAGCGAAUUCGAAGCGAAUAGUGAUUUGGUAGAAUAAUUUCGGAUCGAAUUCGAACAGAAUACGGCACAUAUUAUAAAGAAACAUGAGUAUAUUUGUCAUGACCCAACUAACCUGCACAAAAUUUUUUUUUAAGUGAAACAAGACUAGUUAGUUGGUUCAUUUGGUUUUUAUGGCACAAAAGCAGCUAAUGCUAUGAUGUGCCAGUCACAAGGUGUUGAGCAAUGAACAGUGAAAUGAUGCAAACAAGGCAUGUGCAAAUGUCAUUCUUUUUGGUUCAAAGGAAGUGGAAGCAACUUUGAAUAGUAGCAAGAUUUGACUUUCGGUAGAACGCAAGUGAUAACCUGUAAAAUAUGUUACGUUUUAAAAUUUACUAUGCUUAGAGCAUAUAAGCCGGUAUAACAAGCUUUUAAACCUAAAAAAUUAUCAAUGUGAGGGUAAUAUGUUCAUUUAACCUUGAAGUGGGGCUUCGCGGCAAUGCGGAUUUUCUCUGGAAAGGUAUACUCACGGCAUAGCACCCCUCCACUGCAGCGAAACCACCUUUACAGGGGGGCAGGGGGGGGGGGUUACAUGCAGACAAUAUACACCUAUUCGUUCAUUUCGAAUACUUAGAAAUUUCCAAUAAUUUAAAUUCGAAUCGAAGCGAAUUCAAAUACUGUAAUAUUUGUUAUUCGCACAAGCCUAGUUAUGACGACUAGUAGAGCUGUAGUUGUGGCUAGUUGGUUACAAAUUUUGAUUGCAAUGCAUUUCCGAGCAGCAAAAACAAGGGGAAAGGACACUGGCAUCACAGAGACGAGUGGUUGUCCGCACAUAUUAUGUGCAUCUUUUCUUUUUAGUGUUCUUUUUGCUCGGUAGUGUGUUUCGAUCGAUGACGUGAUGACGGCGAAGUCCUUAUGAGCCAAAUUUACCCCCUUACCAUCUGAUUUGAUUCUGUGGUAGGGGCUGAGAAGUGACAUUGUCACAGUCCAGCCAUUUAUACGUAUGCAGUAAGCAACAGUUAUUUAGGUAAGCAGUAAAUGCAUUACAUUUAUAGGCAGAUAAAUUUAGAGAAUGUUCCCUUGACUAUGUAAAGCAGUGUUAUGGAUUAAACGGGUAAGUUUUAGCGGUUCUGCUAUAACAAAGCCUUUCGUAUGCUGACAGGGACAUGGCUGGAAUGGGUGUAACGUGGCGGGCACGGAAGCGUGUUGCAACUACUCUUGUGUCCUCUGCUUGCCCUCAAAUAAAGUUCUUUUCCUCACCACGUG